AUGAUUUUAUCGCUGAUUUGGGGGCUUCUCGGGCUCUUUCUUAUUACGAAGGCGGAACUAUUGGAUUUCGAUGAGCACACAAGCGAAAUUUGCUAUUUGUGUUCUUGUAACACAGAUGCGACAGCCAUAGAUUGCUCUAAGAGAGGGUUAACUAAUCUUCCUGAUGGCAUCAACAGCAAGGUUACUACACUUAAUAUCUCAAAUAACGACUUCACAUCAUUUCCUAACAAUGUAAAUAAUCUCUAUAACCUAGUAUCUUUGGACGUGAGCAGAAACAGAUUGAGCGAAUUGCCAGAAGAUGCUUUACAAAACCUGACAUUACUUGAAAUCUUAAAUCUUUCAAGAAAUAAUUUUGAAUCUUGGACUAGUUUAAAUCCAAAUGAACUUUUAAAACCGGCAAACAAUCUAAAAAUAUUGGACUUAUCUAAUAAUAAGUUUAAAACUUUAGGUAAUUUAGCUAACGAAGAGCUUUUAAUCAGUCCUUCAUUAGAAACAUUGAUUCUAGACAACUGCCAAAUAGAUUCAAUACAUGGAAGAUCACCUCUUAGUGGACUUAGUAGUAUAAGAAUUCUAAAAAUUAACAAUAAUCCUUUAAUAAGAAUUCAAAAUCUUAUCUCGCCUACUUUAAAGAGUCUUUACGUAAGCAACUGUCAAUUAAGCUACAUAAGUUAUAAUGAAUUUUCAUAUUUACCUUCUUUAUUGUAUUUAAAAAUAUCAUAUAACUAUCGCUUAGACCUUCCUACUGUGUCGAAAGAAAUUUUGUCGAAUUCCCUAAAGUUCUUGGACGUGUCAUAUUGUAAUGUUUUUAGACCAAAUUUGUCUGGAUUUCCAAAUUUAAGAAAGGCUAUCAUAAGAAACAAUCAUAUUAGAUUCCUAAGGAGCCAUGAAUUUAUAAAUAAUACCAAAUUAGAGUAUUUAGAUAUGUCAUACAAUAAUAUAGGUUCUAUGAAAAGUGAUACUUUUCGGGGACUAAAUAUGUUAAAAUAUUUAGAUUUAUCUUGGAACGAAAUAGCUGAUAUACCUGAAGAAAGCUUUUCAGAAAUGCCAGCUCUGACGAAUGUAAAACUAGCUAGAAACUACCUUAAUAGAGUUGGUCAUUUGAAGUCUACUUCCAUAUCAAUACUUGAUAUGAGCUCUUGUGAAAUUAGCAGAAUUGGUAAAGAUUCAUUGGAAGGUCUACCGUCACUCGUGGAUAUAGAUUUAUCACACAAUAUUUUAUCACAUAUUCCAGACAGUAUCUCAUCGAAUACACUCAAAUAUUUAAACUUAAAUUAUAAUAGAAUUAGUUCUUUAAAUAAUUAUACAUUAUUUAUGCUUCCUAGACUUUCUAGUUUAAGUGUGAUUGGAAAUCGAUUUACAAAUAUUUGGAGCAGAACUUAUUUCGAAUCUAAUCUUUAUUUGGAAAGGUUAGAUUUAGCUGACAACAUGUGGAGGUGCGAUUGUUCCGAUGAAAAUAUGUAUGAUUUUUAUGAAUUUAUAACAUUAGAACCAAAUAAAAAAGAAGAGUCGUUCAACCUUAUUUGCAAUAGUCCAAUAAAUGUAAUAGGACAAACUUGGAUAGAAGCAUGUUAUUUCACUUGGAAUCCAAAUGAAAGGGCAAGAAACCUUGACAAUUUGGUAUGGUUCAUAAUAGUCAUGAUUGUUGGUUUAUCACUUUGCAUAUUUCUUGUCAAUACAGUAAGGAGGUCAUUGAAUAAGCGUUUAGCAGCAAUGCAAGCAGAACGAGAACGACAAGUAGAAGAAGCAAGAGAUAGACUUAGGCAGAUGAGAAUACGAGCUGAACAAGAAGCUUUGUGUAAUACACCAGAUCCAAGAGACUUGAUAGCCCCACCUUCUUACGAUGAAGCUCUCUCUAUGCCUAAACUAAAUGUCUCUUGUCAUUCUCUAAAUGAGACUGGAACAGGUAAAACUAAGCGGAGAAGAGGCAGAAGAAAAACUAAAUCAAGUGGAGACCUACUGGAGGAAACUGAAAGGCAUGGUGACACACCAGUUGUUGAUAACAUAGAGCUUACAGAAACCCCAGAUAGUCAGGAUAGGCGAAGACGCCGUCGCAAUCGUAGAUAUGGUAGUCAUGAAAUAGCUGAAUUAGAUCAAAGCCCUGGAGCAAGACGAAGAAGAAUGUCAUAUGCCACAGAUGAUAGUGUGACUGUUGAAGUUGAAGCUGAAUUAUCAAGACCACUGCGUCCUAGAAAUAGACGUUUUUCUGAUGAUAGUCUGCCUAGAGAAAGUGAUUUU